GCCGCUCUGGAGUUUUCCCGGCCGCUUCCAACGAGUUGUUGUUUUUGUGCUCAGCUUUGUUAUACCGGUUUUAUCCCGCGAUGAAAGUGGCCAGUGCAGCUGCCGUUGUGUCUCCGGGCCCGAGCUGCGCCCUCAAAGGGGUCCGGCUGGGCUCUGGCGAAGCGGCGCCCAACCAUAACAGCAACGCCCGGUGCCUUUCCGAGCAAGCCGCCGCCGCCGCCUCGCUCCUGAUGGACAUGAAGGGCUGCUACUCCCGCCUGGCCGCCCUCGUGCCCACUUUGCCCCGGCACCGGCGCGUCUCCAAGGUGGAGAUCCUCCAGCACGUCAUCGACUACAUCUGGGACCUCCAGCUCGAGCUCCAGGAGGAGCCCGACACCCCAGGCGGAGAGCCCGCAGGGACUUUGCCCGAGGCUGCUUGCGUCAACCCGGAUGACCGCAUCUUGUGCCGCUGACGGUCUUUGGGGCUGGAAGGAAAAUCCCAGGGAGAAAAGGCAGCUUUCUUUCGCCUUUGGCCCCUCCAAUGGCAGGGGAAGGUGGCUGGUGACGUGGCGGCGCUGGGCUUUGAGCGCUAGACAUCCCAUCUGUUGUCCCGACCAAGGAAGCAGCACGGAACCGGAAGAAGGCUCCAGCCUGGAACCCGGACUGAACUCCUCUAAGCCGCACCUCCUUUGGGUGCCCUUUGAUGUUUAUAUAGUUGGAGCAAUGUGUUUUGUUUUUACAGAAAAAGCAGAAUGUUAAUUCUCUCUCCGAAUACUUCUCAGAUUUCUGAGACUCAUCCUUGUAUUGUAUAUUACAAUGCCUUAUAUUAUUAUUAUUGUUAUUAUUGGUUUUUCUCCUGAGAAUAUUGUUCUACAAUAGUUUUUGUGAGUGUUUUUGUUAUUAAACAAAUGCCUAUUGUUACGAAA